AUGUAUGCGUAUGCGUCGACCCUUAGUUCCUCAGGAUCUUUUCGUACAGUCCCGUCAAGAAAUUCAAAUGAUUAUCCAUCUCUAAAUGAAAUUUACAAACCAACAACUUCAGGAUGGAAAAUUAACCGAAAUAAUCAAGUAAUGGACGAUCAAAAUACUGAUGACGUUCACCAGUUAAUACGAACACAUCAGGCCAAUAUUGAACUUAGGAUUAACGAAAUGGACAAAGUAUUGAAUGGCUUUUUUCCAGCGAUUGUCACCCUUUUGGAUACAAUUAUGAAAUGCAUCGUGGUGCCAAUAGCGGGUGAUGACUUAGUCAAACAGCAGAAAAUAGAAGAAUGUAAAAAGCAAUUAGAUGGGUUAUUAAAGCUAAUCUUAGUGAUAUCCAGGGCUUUUAUGGUAAAAUUUAAUGAUCAAACAAGUAACGAUUACGACUUUCAUAAUGUUAGUUUACCAGAUACUUUGGUCGGUGGAAAUAAUCAGCGAACUAGAGUUACCAAUACGAACAGAUCUAAAUCGUUCAGUGAAGUGUCAAAUACCUAA